AUGGCUCCCAUUACGGGCCCCCUCCACCGCAUUCGUGCUGGUUCGACGGCGUUACCAAAGUGGGGCCCCCGGGAACCAAGGAAGCGGCCCCCCGGCCCCCCGGAGGUCAUGUGGGGGGCUGAUAGUGGCUCUAGGCCAAAUGGUUGCCUUCAGGAAGGCCCCCGAACCCCAAGGCCCUCGCCAGGCCCCCUGCAGUGCUGGUCCGAAAAAGCACAAAAAAGAAACGCGGGCCAGGACCACAAUCAUUCUUCUGCACCGAGGGUACAACCCCACCAGCCCCCUCCACACCCUGCGCCAGCUGGACAGUGUCCGCCACGCCACGAGUCCGCUUUCUUCAAGUGGGCCCGUAUACUGGCCCUGGGGGUGGUGCCCAAAAACGGGUUUCAAAACCUCGCCACGUGGUGUAAGAGGCCUGUUGGGAUCCCGGGGCAGAGCCCCAACAUUCCCCCGCGGGGCCCCUUAUCGCGUUACCAGUGCGGGGCCCUUCUCUUCCGGGCUCCACCCUGGGCGAUGCCAGCUUUUCAAUUGGGCAAAAAUGCCCCCAGGCCACCUUCCCCUCGUACUCAGCUGGUCCCUCACAGAAGUCUGGAGGCGAGGGGCGAGGGUGGAGAACGCGUGCCGUGA